AUUAAAAAAAUUAGAAAAUGUUGAAAGUGCAAAUCAAAGUUGGUUUGAAGAGGCUAAAUCACAUUUAACUAUAAGUAAUAAAUGGUCGGUUGUUGUUCGAUGUUAUGGUUUAACGCAAAAUCCAUCAAAUGGAAAUUAUAUGCUUGUAAUAGAGAAAAUGUAUAUGUAUUUAAGAAAAUAUUUACAACAAAAUCAUAAUCAACUUACAUGGAAAGAUAGAAUGAAAAUUAUUGAUGAAAUAACUGUUGCACUUUAUUAUAUUCAUGAAGCGAAAGCAAUUCAUAGAGAUUUGCAUUCUGGAAAUAUAUUAUAUUUACAAUUAAGUAAUUCUUGGUGUGUUAGUGAUCUUGGAUUUUGUGGACCUGCUGAUAAAUCUUCAACAAGUAUAUAUGGAAAUCUUCCUUAUAUAGCACCCGAAGUUAUUUUUGGAAUAGAAUAUACUUUUGCAUCUGAUAUUUAUAGUAUUGCAAUUCUUAUGUGGGAAAUUUCAUCUGGACAAACACCAUUUAUAAAUUAUGAACAUGAUUAUGAUCUUGCAAUGAAUAUUAUUAAUGGUAUAAGGCCAAAAAUUGUGUCGGGAACUCCAUUAGAAUAUAAAAAUUUAAUGAAAGAAUGUUGGGAUGCUGAUCCAUUAAAAAGACCUGAUAUUUCUACACUUUGGGAUAAAAUG